AUGUUGUCACGGAUAGCAGCGCUGCUGCUCUCAGGAGCCGCUAUUCUGGGCGCGCAAGCCCAAACAGCCGCCAUUCCUGCUGAACUCGUCGGCACAUGGACGAGCAAGGCAAACUCGACAAUGACCGGGCCCGACUUCUACGAUCCCGUAAAUGAGAAAUUCACCGAGCCCAAGCACACCGGCAUCAGCUACUCCUUUACUGCGGAUGGUCACUUCGAGGAGGCAUACUACCGUGCUAUCGCAAACCCGCAAGAUCCCAAAUGUCCCAAGGGCAUAAUCCAAUGGCAACACGGAACCUUUGAGAAACUCGCAAACGGCUCCCUAAUCCUCAAGCCUAUCAAGGUUGACGGCAGACAACUAUACUCCGACCCGUGCGCGUACAAGAACGCUGUUUACACACGAUACAAUGCGACCGAACUAUUCGAUCACUACGAAUACGUUGUCUCAGACGCCUACGCCAAGAUCCCACGCAUCACCCUCUACCAAUGGGACGGUGCGCCCAUGAUGCCUCUCUACCAAGCCAUGUCCUCGCCAAAGAUGCUCCCCACCACGACCCUCAACCCCCUCGUUACGCAAACCGCUUCAGCCAAGAACUCCAAGCGCGGCGAACUGCCUAUGAACCAUGAGGUGCUGUACAAGAGGGCGCCUGGUGCCGUCAAGGCUGACCAAUGGUGGUGGUUUGGCGUUUUCAUGACGGCGGGUGGAGGUGUGCUCUACUACUUUUUUUAG